UGGAAUUUGAUGACUGCAAGGGGAAUAACAAAUUGAACUUUGAAGUUUCUAACCCAGACUUUAAAGUGGAACAUGAUGGGUCUUUGGUUGCACUAAAGAAUAUAUCAGAAGCUGGCAGAGCCUUGUUCGUCCACGCAAGGUCUGAGCAUGCUGAGGAUAUGGCAGAAAUUUUGAUUGUUGGAGCAAAUGAAAAACGUCGUGCAUUAAAGGAAAUCUUUAAGAUAGAAGGCAACCUUGGAAUUCCAAGACAAAAAAGGGCUAUUUUGGCAACUCCGAUACUAAUUCCUGAAAAUCAAAGACCACCAUUCCCCAGACCUGUUGGCAAGGUCAUCAGCAGUGAAGGGACAGAGGGAGCAAAGUUUCGACUCUCUGGUAAGGGAGUAGAUCAAGACCCAAAAGGAAUUUUUAGAAUCAAUGACAUCAGUGGAGAUGUCUCCGUGACCCGAACCCUUGACAGAGAAGCAAUUGCCAAUUAUGAG